AUGUUGGUGCCACUCAAGACGGCUUUCCAACGGGCCGGGAAGAUGUCCGAGGGGAGCUUGCCCAAACUGGAAGCCAACAUCCUGGUCACCGGGGCGCAGAAAGUGGGGAAAUCGGCUUUGACAGUUCGAUUUCUGACCCGAAGGUUCAUUGGUGAAUAUGGGAAUAUUGAAUCCAUUUACAGCCACAACAUGAAGAUGGCUGGGCAGAAAGCGUGCUUUAGUAUCUGGGACCCUGCCUGCCCACAGGUGGCCAAUCUCCAAAGCUACCUAAAUGAGAAACAACUCCGUUGGGCUGAUGGUUUCAUUAUUGUCUACAGUAUCUGUGAUCGUGCCAGUUUCUCUUUUGCCCGUCAUCAGCUCCAUUGGAUACAACAUUCAAAGAGAAGAAGUGGGGCAGGAAGGAUGCCCAUUAUUCUGGUGGGGAACAAACGGGACUUGCAGCACCAGCGGACUGUCUCCAGUGAGGAAGGUCGACUCCUGGCCCUGUCCACCCACUCAGGCUUUUUUGAGAUCUCUACUGCUGAGACCUACCAUGGCUCCUUAGUGGUCUUCCAUGAACUUCUUAACAUGGUUCAGGACUCGAGGAACUUGACCAAGAAGGCUGCAGGCAUCCGUGAGAUUGUCCGCAGUGUGUCAGCCAUCUUUGGGCGGAGAAGAACUUACUGAAGUUUGGUUGGGGAAAGCUAAGCAGAUUCAGAGAACUGUUCAGAUAGAAGCCACUGAUGAUGGCUGUUGACAUGAUUCCUCCUCAUGGAACAUCAGAUGAACAACUACAGAAGGAAGUAAGGAAACAUAUACCUGAUGUACUUGGCUCUCCGCAUGGCUCGACGUGUUCUUCCUGAUUACCAUGGAAGACAGUCACUCUGAGAAGCUGUAAAUCUUUCUGUCCUAGCAGCACAAUCUUCUCUAGCAAUUCACAGGUUUCCAUCUCUUAAACAGUGUUACCACCACUUACUGCUAUUGCUCAGACUUUGAAUGUGGAGUAAAAGUAGAUGCUCUGGAACACAUGCAGAGAACCAAAGAACAAGCCUUUUACCAGCUUGGCAUAUACACAACCAGGGGCUACAUCUUCCAUGUCAAAGAAAAUGGAAGGAGCAGAGACUGAUAUUUCUCACAAUUUGUAUAUACACAGAGAUACAGAUAUUUAUAGAUAUGUGUGGGUAUACACAUACGCACCCCUCUCACUUUGCAGCUAAAUAGUUUAAAAGAAUUGGAGCAAUUAUGUAUUUUUUCCCUUCUGAACACAAAUACAUUUCUGUAAAGCCUUUUGGAGACCCUGCAGGGACUGAAGAAAUUAUUGGGUUUGUUGGGAAGAAAAUGAGAGGCCUAACUUCAGGGCAAAAACUGUACUGUACUUGCCAGCAUGCAGCCCAGUCCUCACACAGCAUGCCUUCUUCAAUUAAGUUCUCAAAUAUGAAGGCACAGGCCUUUUAGCUCUUUUGUAUGUUAUGCAUCAUUCUAAGCUGUUUUUCAAUCUCAGUUCCCUACUGCACAAUUCCCCUUUUAAAAGGGGUACAGUGUAGGAGGGAAGGAAGAAUGGAUGACAUGUGUUUUCUUCUGUCCUAUGUUUGGUUAAAACUUGGAAUUUAAAAAUAAGGUGCAGAUUAGGUCUGCCCACUA